AUGGCACCGGAAGUCAUCAGCCUGCUAUCAAGCCCGUCAGGACCGCCCCAGACGGUCCUCGGGCAUUUUAAGCCAACGCAAGCAGCCGCCGAGAAACCUCAGGCCCCGUCACGAGCUCUGGAUUUCGAUGAUGAUGAAUUCCUCGAUAUUGAGAAUAUUGUCUCUUCAGGGAUGUCACAGAUCGUCCCAACCUCGGCACAGCCAAUUGGUCUCCCAAAACAGAGAGGCAGCGACACCGCUCGCCGUGAAAAUGAGGGCGAUUUCCUCUUUCUUUCUGAUGAAUUCGAUACCACCGGCGACCUGAGCUUCAAUGUCCCUAAGAGAACCCAGAAAUCUCCUGUGUACUCCAAAAACAAAGGUCAGAUUGGUCGGUCAUUGGCACGGGCAGUCUCAGGUUCGUCCGGGCCGAAACCUUCUACCGCACUGCAGCCGGCUGGCCUGAAGCGUUGGAAUUCGAUCGCAGACCCCAUAGAAUACAGUAGUUCUCCUAUGGGGCUGCCUAAAGAGAAGGAUCCAUUUGCAAGCUCCUCGCCAAAGUCCCCAGUGAAAAGGCAACCUCAACACAACAGGCCUCCGGGACAAAAGCCUGAUGAUCCUGAGAAACCGACGCGAAAACCCCGCGACGUGUUUGAUCUUACGAGCGAGCCGGAAUCGUCUCCGCCACCACUCCUUGCGAAGACAUCAAGGAAUACUGCGUCAUGGGAUCCGAUCUCUAGCUCCAUGCCUGAGGCCAGCACGGCACGAGACAACCCUUUUGCCAGCUCUCCGCCACAACCUCAGAAGAGGAAAGCCCAUGUCGUUGAACUAGACAACGACUCUGAUGUCUCUCAGAAUCCUUCAGAUGACGAAUUUCCAGAGCUUAGUGCCAUGGAUAUCAGGAAGAUCAAAGCCGAUCUGCAAGCGCGGCUUUCAGAUCGAUCGCCUAGGCAUUUGAAAAGGUCGAAAACAGAACCCGCGAAAUCGAAUGCAAAACGGCAGCCUCUGAAGACAACCGAAGAGAAGGAACUGGAAAAGAAACAGAAAGCGGACGCUAGAGAUGCGGAGAAAGAACGCAAGCGUCUAGAAAAGGAACGUGAGAAGCAGGAGAGGGUCAUCCAAAAGGAGAAAGAGAAAGCCCUCGCAGAGGUCAACAAAGUUCGAACGGACAAGAAGGUCUCGACAAUAGAGAUGAUCGUAGAUCUACCUGUGUCACUGAAACCAGGCACGGGCGUCCAAGUUCGGACAUUGCUGGAGGAUCUCAAGGUCCAACAUGCGACUUGGAACAGCCCUCUGGACAACGUCGUGAAGUGGCGAAGGAAAGUUGACAAGAGAUUCAACGAAGACCUCGACUACUGGGAACCCAUUCCGGCACGUCUUGAGUCCGAGAAGCAUGUCUUGGUUGCCAUUGAAGCUGCCGAGUUCGUUAAGCUCGCCACCGGCAGCGAGGGCAUUGAUAUUGAAGCUCAUGUCCUGAAGAUGAAGGUCGCGUUCCCCAGCAACACACUGAUCUAUCUGAUUGAAGGACUCGAUGUCUGGUUUCGAAAGAACCGAACCGCGCGGAAUCGCCAAUUCCAGAGUGCUGCCCGAAACGACGCAGCACAAAGCACCGAACAGCCACGUCGGAGAGCCGCAGCGCAUGAGAUAAUCGACGAGGACACGGUCGAGGACGCGAUUAUGUCACUGCAGGUCGACCAUGGGGUUCUGAUACAUAAGACAAAUGCCCCAGUAGAAACGGCGCAAUGGAUCACGACGUUCACACAGCACAUCUCCACGAUUCCUUACCGGAAGGCACGGGACGACAUAUCAGCGUCUGCCGGUUUCUGCAUGGACACUGGCCAAGUACGGACAGGUGAUACCGUCAGGGAGACGUAUAUUCGCAUGCUACAAGAGGUUGCCCGCGUCACCGCCCCCAUGGCCUAUGGUAUUGCCGUCCAGUACCCGACGGUGUCGGAACUUCUGAGAGGCUUCGAACAAAACGGCCCGCUCGCACUCGAGAACUGCAGAAAGACGGCGAACGCAGACGGGAGACUUACAGACCAGAGAGUUGGCCAGGCAGUCAGUAAACGAUUGUACAAGAUCUUCACAGAGCAGGAUCCCACCAGCACCGAUAUCUGA